UCUGCGGCUCUGUCUCUCUCGCUCUCUCUCGCGCUUUCUCGGUCCUACCGUACGUUCCGCCGGCUGGGCUCGUUGGGCUGGGUCCGACCGCGGGGGGCUCCGCUCCGUCUCUCGCGCAGGGCCUCGGGGUGGUGCAAUUCCCGUCCCAUUUCCUUCCCCGCGAUUCUCCCACCGCAUGGCCCUGUUGCGGCACCCCAUGCCCCGCUGCCCCUGCUCUCGUCGAUGGUUCUUGCCCGUGUAAUUUUCUGCAUUUUUCGAAUGUCUCGACCGCGUCGCUUUUCGGUGCUUCUGAAAUAGGUUCGACCUAAACGUUGAUGCGAAUUGCCAUCGUUUGGAGGUGGAUGCCUUGUCGGUGUGGUGAAUUAUGUUCUGCGAAAGUUGCACUUUUCAGAGAGAGCACGUUCACCCGGCGAAUUUCUUUCGUUUCUUGCGCGAUCCUGAGGUGAUUGCGGACACCUUGUUUCUUUAAUAUAUUUCGUGUAGACCGUCGGAGACGGCGAAUUCUGCAAUGUGUGCUCUACAGAUCGCCCUUCCACUCUGUGUAGGGCAGUCGCUGGUAGGGCGCCAGGCAUUGUUAGCCGGAAGCUCCUCUUGCUCCAUCUCUCGUGCACGCGUAAGAUUUUGUCUCCACUCUUGCAAGGGUUUAGGGUCUCUUGGACGCGGAUGGUUAGAAGUAAGUUAUCUGCCAAUUUCGCGUGGAAGAGUGCGUAAAUUUGGUCGGUCAUUUAAGACUCUACAGGUUAGAAGUUCUAGCGAUGAAGUGAGGAGCAGUCAGGACUCUCAGGGGGAAGCACUUGAAUCAAAUUUAUUCAAAGGGGAAGACGAUGAUUUUGCUGGGAAAGUAGAAUCGGCGAGAAACCAGGAUUUGGAAGCAGUGAGUAGCGGGAAGUGGGAUGGAUUGGUAGAAGGUGACAGACAAGUCGAGAAAGUCGGGGUGAAUCGUUUUGAGAAUGGGCAAAGCGAGAUGGAAUCGAGGAAAUCCCUCGAGGAUAUCACUGCAGGUUCGGACGAGGUUGAGAGCAACGGUAGGGCGCUAGGAAGUAGCGUGGGCGAGCUUUCUCAAUCUAAAGCAGUGUCCGGAGCCGAGUUAGCAUCAGCCCAAGGUGGUGAUGGGAAACAAUCUGGACGGAAAAAGGCUGAGGUGCAGGUGGAGGAGGCCGGGGAUGCAAAAUCUCCCGUGUAUGUAAGCGACUCACUUGCGCGAGUUUGGGCUAAAGUCAAGAGGAAUACUAUAUUUCAGUUUGUUACCAUGUGGCCUGCUUGGCAGCAAAAGAAACGUCUAGAAAGACUACUCGCCCAAGCCGAUGCCAACCCCAAAGACCCUGCAAAGCAAGCUGCAUUUCUUUCCGAGCUCUACAAGCAAAGUCCCCAAGCUGUGAUUGAGAGGUUCGAAAGGAGAGAGCAUGCCACCGAUGGUCAGUCAGUGGUAGAAUAUCUGCGUGCACUUAUAGCCACCAACACCAUUACAGAGUUUUUGCCCGACGAACGUAGCGGGAGAACUUCAGGCUUACCUGCACUAUUGCAAGAUUUGAAGCAGAGGGCUGCUGGAAAUCAGGAAGACUUGCCACCUCCUGGCAUGACAGAGCAACAACCACUGCAUGUAGUCAUGGUGGAGCCGAAGGCUUCAAACAAGUCAAUGCGAUUUGUGCAGGAGCUUGUUUCCACUUUGCUGUUCAUGUUAGUCUUCAGCAUCAUGUGGGUUAUGGGUGCAGCUGCGCUUCGUAAGUAUGUGAAUGGAGUUGCUGGCAUGGGGACUACCUCAAGCAUGACCUCAAGUAACAUGUAUGCACCGAAGGAGUUCAAUAAGGAGGCAGUACCGGAGAAGAAUGUAAAAACGUUCAAGGAUGUAAAGGGCUGUGAUGAGGCGAAGGCAGAGUUGGAAGAAAUUGUCGAGUACUUGAAGAACCCUGCCAAGUUCACCCGUCUCGGUGGCAAGCUUCCUAAGGGCGUGUUGCUGAUUGGUCCUCCGGGAACGGGAAAAACUUUGCUCGCAAAGGCAAUUGCGGGAGAGGCUGGUGUACCUUUCUUCUAUCGUGCAGGAUCUGAGUUUGAGGAGAUGUUUGUUGGUGUGGGAGCCCGUCGUGUCCGAUCACUGUUCCAGGCUGCUAAAAAGAAGGCUCCUUGCAUCGUGUUCAUAGACGAAAUUGAUGCAGUUGGGGGUAGCCGAAAGCAGUGGGAAGGCCAUACCAAGAAAACUCUGAAUCAGUUACUUGUUGAAAUGGAUGGUUUUGAACCAAACGAGGGAAUUAUAGUGCUGGCAGCAACAAAUUUGCCAGAAACUUUGGAUCCUGCGUUGACUAGACCUGGAAGAUUUGACCGUCAUGUGGUGCUCACGAAUCCCGAUGUAAGAGGCAGGCAAGAAAUUUUGGACUUAUAUCUCCAGGAUAAACCUCUUUCAGACGACGUUGACGUGAAGUCAUUAGCUCGUGGGACACCUGGAUUCAGUGGAGCAGAUUUGGCCAAUCUGGUGAAUAUGGCAGCUGUAAAAGCAGCCGUGGAUGGCAACGACAAGAUUUACUCAAAUCAACUCGAAUUUGCGAAGGACAAGAUUCUAAUGGGCACGGAGAGGAAGUCACUUACUUUGUCUGAAGAAUCGAGAAAAUUAACUGCCUACCACGAAAGCGGUCAUGCAGUCGUCGCCUUCAACACCAUUGGAGCCAAUCCUAUUCACAAGGCAACCAUCAUGCCUAGAGGGACAGCUUUGGGAAUGGUGACUCAGCUACCUGAGAAGGACGAGACUUCCAUUAGCAAGAUGCAGUUGCUAGCUCGACUUGACGUUUGUAUGGGCGGUCGCGUUGCUGAGGAGUUGAUUUUCGGUGCGGACCAGGUUACGAGUGGUGCCCGCAGUGAUCUUCAGCAGGCAACUGCUCUAGCCCGUCAUAUGGUAUCUGAAUGUGGUAUGAGUGAUCUCAUCGGUCCAAUUUUUGUUGACACUGAGUCACAACGACCCAGUCAUGAUAUACAGAAGAGUAUUGAUGCCGAGGUUGUGAGAUUAUUAAAGGAAGCCUACGAAAGAGUAAGGAAACUGUUGAAAAAGCGAGAAUCGGAUUUGCAUUCUUUAGCAAGGGCUCUUCUAGAACAUGAAACUUUAAACGCGAAGCAAAUCACGGAUAUUUUGGGUCCGAUCCAGCAGCAACAGGAGGAACCAGCUAUUGUUGGAGUUUCUAGUAACUGAAUCAAACUGCUGGUUGUAUAAUCCCAUAUGCCUGUACCCCAUCCUAGUGUACAUUUUGAUGUUAUAUUUUGGGCAGCUCACUCACGCAAGAACUAGGCUUUGGGAGGAAAGCAUUGUGUAAUUGCAGUAAUCUAUUCUUCGUAGGUAGAAAAAUCUAUUUUCACUCCGCAGCGGUGAAGGUAAGAGAGGUCGUCGGUCUCGGUUCAUCAGCUUCUAAUGGCUGCCACAUGUGGGGGUCUCCUUCCACUAUGUAUGCCUCAUACAUGCAACCAUAAUGCAGGGAAGUCUUGAAAGAUAUCUCAAAAGUCUGUUGUCAUCGCUCUAUUUGUUUAUGGAAGUAUCCAGUAUAUCUACCCUCCUGUGGUCGAAAAAUUUGUAGAAAUACCUGUCUUCACUUAUAGGGAAGUCUUGAAAGAGAUCUCAGGAGUUCGUUUUCAUCGUUUUAUUUGUUUCUGGAAGUAUGCGGUGUUUGUACCUCCUAUGCGCGUAAGAUUCGUAGAAAUACCUUUCUUCACUAACAACUUUGACGCGUCUCCGUGAUUACCGAGUGUUGUGUUGUUUUUAUAUCAGUACAUGUAACCUACAAUUGCCGUUCGAGCCGCGACACAACCUGGUUGGUUGCACCGCUCAGUGUGUAUCAAAGUCAACGUUUUCAACCUUAUGUACUCGGAGAAACUUCAUGGUAUGUUGAGAACAACCUGAAGGUUGUGAGCAGGUGCUAGCCACGAAUGAACCUGCGCGGAAGAAAAACGAACUAUGAACCGACUAAUACUUUUGCUAGACAAGAGAUGUGUUUCCCAGAGGUUAGCCGCAAUGGUAAAAGCACCGAAUGGACUUCGAAGAAAGAGUGGGUGGAGUAACAAGGAUGUUCUGUUAUAAGCGCAUGCCUGUCGAUUAAACGUGUACCUUAUCACUACAAAAAAUUUCGGUCCACAAAGUGACUGGAGAUCUUUCGUCUGAGAUACUGUAAUUGCAUGCUUUGCCACAUGGGACAUUUGCUGCCAACCCUCGGGAACAUGUUCAUGAAUCAUCCAAACCAGACAUGGCUGUACCUGCUAACCGGGGAGUAUAUGUGUGGAAUCUGUAAUUUCAAUCUACGAGAAGAUAUUGCAGCUGAUUCUUUGAGAAUGUUUGCUCUCAUUUGACGGCGACGAAAUGUUUUAGUGACACACUACACUUACGGCAAGACAAACAGCACUCUGCUGGAGCAAAGUCGUAGUGAGACCAACGGAGCAGUAAGAACACAUCGAACGGAGAAUACACCUGUAAUUAGAAAAGGCUGUAUGAAACAAGUCCGUCUACUUCAAAACUUCAUUUAGUCAUUAAAAGCAUCAGAAAUCACGAAAGAAAUAUCUGGAGUGAGUGAGUACCCACACAUUCGGUAAGAAAUAAGAGGAGAUUCUACAAAUUACGUGAAUCCAAUCUCUUCGGGAUUCACGAGUGCGAGAUGCACGUCUCGCCAGUUGGAUAAAUAUGUCGAAGAGGACAGUUUCCACGAAGCGGAUUUAUCACCAGUCGAGUGCAGACAUGAUAAUCUCCCGUGUGCCAAAAUAAUGUCGCUAGAACAUUUCCAUCACAAUUCUGGAAACGAACCUGGACUUGUUCAGAGUGCUUAAAAUUUGGCUCCAGGCUACCAACUCAAUAUUCUAAGUGGGCCUUUAUCAUCAGGCCUAUUGUGUAUCAUUACCCUUAUGAUUACGCCUGGAUGGCCAUAAAUUGUGCAUUAAAUA